GAGAGGUCCAUCCAUCCCGCACACCUCCUCUCCCUCUUGACAACGCGACUCGUGGUUUUCCCGUUGUUGCACUUCUUCUCUCACAUUCUCUCGGUGUGGAAGAACACAAGAUCUGGUGAUUCAGUCCCUCAUCACUAUCAUCGUCAAAACAGCAAGCCAGCUCUUUCAGCUGACGCUUCUCUAACGAUACCCCAUCUCUAUUUUUCUCCUUCUUUUCCCCCCACAAACAACAUCCACUCUCCGCCUUUGUUCUUUCGAUACCAUUUCUCAUCAUCGACAAAAUCACCACGCCCUCUCUCAACUGUGUCAAAUCAAUCACUCGCACAAGAUGGCUACUACUGCUAUGGACUACGAGAACCCUGGCGGUGACCGCUUUGAUGACGAGGCUCCUCGUUACGACCGCGACAAUCGCAGCGCGUCUCCUCGCAGCGACAACGGCAAUGACGCUGGUCGCCGUCGCUCCGCUUCGCCCACCGGCAACGACCGCGCUCCCGGCAAGACUGAGGAUCGCGAUCGCGGCGGUGACGACGACGGCGCUGUCAACCCUGGCUCCAACCUCUUCGUGACCGGCAUUCACCCCCGCUUGACCGAGGAUGAGGUCACCCGUGUGUUCAGCAAGUACGGUACCGUUGAGAAGUGCCAAAUCAUGCGCGACCCCCACACCAAGGAGUCUCGAGGCUUCGGCUUCGUGAAGAUGGUCACCUCUGACGAGGCCGAUGCUGCCAAGGAGGGUCUGCAGGGUAAGGAGUUCGAGGGACGCACCCUUUCUAUUGAGAAGGCUCGGCGUGCUCGACCCCGUAC